UUUUACAAUCCGCUCAACUGCGACUGCCAGAUGGAAUGGCUCAUUGAGACGGCACAGGACAGCCAGUCCAAUCUCACAGUAUCCGGCGCCGUGUGUAGUAAGCCCGCACACCUGAAGGAACGUAACAUAAAAAGUGUCACCCAAGCGGAUCUAAACUGCAACGACAACAGCGAUUGCGCGCCUACCCCGUGUAAGAACGGCGCCACGUGCAUUAACCUUCAAAACGCGUACUCAUGCAUAUGUUCACCGGGCUGGCAAGGCAUCAACUGUUAUCAGGAGUGUGGCGGGGUCCGGACAGAUCCAUUUGGCGUCAUUACGAGCCCCAACUAUCCACAGGAUUACGAAGACUACACUGAGUGUACCUGGUUUAUCAACGCACCAGAAGGCAGACGGAUCAAUGUGAACUUUACCGACUUUCGAUUUGAGAGCUGCGACUACUGCGAAUGUGACUACUUGGAGCUUUUCAACGAACCUAACGCCUCCUUGCCGUCAAUUGGCAAGUUCUGCGGGACAACUCCACCAAUGGGAUUUCAGUCGCAGUCGAACUAUGUCCGUAUUGUAUUAUUCACAAACAACCACAUUACUCGUAAGGGAUUCAGUCUGAAUUACACAUUCUCCACACAAGCCGAUGAAAAUAAAGAGCAAUCGUCGACAAUUAUAUGGAUUGCAACGACGUUGGGCUUAUGUGUGCUAAUGGUUGGCUUCACCACCACUGCUUGUUUGUGUAUCCGAAGGAAGAAAAAAUUGAUAGAAAGCAACAGUGGUAAUUAUGAUGUCUUGCCCGACGACAACAAUGAAGACAACAUCAGUAAUUAUGAUGUCUUACCCGAAGAUAAUAAUGACAACACCGAUCAGUAUGAUGUAUUGCCCGACGACGUCCAUGACGACUGUAUCGUUCCGUAUGCAGUCGUCCAUUUGGACAAUACAGAGCGUGAUGCGACACCAAUGUACACAUCUCUCCAGCCACAUAUAACAGAUGAUUAUCUGCACACUGGUUUGCGAGAAUCCACCUACAUGAUCCCAGCGUCAUCGUAUGUAUUGGGCCGGAUACGUGAGAGCGAAACUUCAGUUCAGACACAUUCGGCAAUGGCCGAAGAACUAGACAAUGCCUCUUCAUCGGAGACAAAGAACAAGGCGUCUGAAGAACUGAUAAAUUCCACAAAAGCAAUAACAACUAAUGCAAGCGCCGAAAAACUGUUUGAUUACGUUGAAUAUGAGGACAACUUUGAAGCGGAGACAGAUAACACCGGCGCCAAACAGGAGAAAAAUUAUGAAAGUGGCGCAUCGAAUUACACAGACUUUGUAUUUUGGGAGAAUGACACUCAAGGGGAGAAAAACAAAUCAUCCGGAAUCAAGGAGUACGUUUUCGUAUUAAAAUAAGGAACACAUACAGACAUUUUUUUGCGAAUAGGAAAAUUUUCAUGUUGUUUUAACAUACGCAGUCAAUUGUUCAAUUCCUCAAAGCAAAUUUACAUGUUUGUGUAGCAAAUAUAAAUAUUUACCACCAUUUACGAACCUUGUCAAAAUAAACGACCUAUAC